AUGGCACACCAAUACACGCUCCCACCCCUCCCCUACCCCUACAAUGCCCUUGAACCCUACAUCUCCCAACAGAUCAUGGAGCUGCACCACAAAAAGCACCAUCAAACCUACGUCAAUGGCCUGAACGCCGCGCUCGAUGCGCAGAAGAGAGCCGCGGAGGCCAACGACGUUCCCAAGCUCGUCUCCGUGCAGCAGGCGAUCAAAUUCAACGGCGGUGGCCACAUCAACCACUCCCUCUUCUGGAAGAAUCUGGCCCCGGAGCAAUCCGGGGGGGGCAAGAUCGAUCAGGCACCGGCCCUCAAGGCGGCCAUCGAGCAGCGCUGGGGAUCCUUCGAUAAGUUUAAGGAUGCGUUCAACACGACCCUGCUGGGCAUUCAGGGCAGCGGAUGGGGUUGGUUGGUGACCGACGGACCCAAGGGAAAGCUGGACAUUACCACGACCCACGACCAGGAUCCGGUGACGGGGGCGGCGCCCGUCUUUGGGGUGGAUAUGUGGGAGCAUGCUUACUACCUCCAGUACUUGAACGACAAAGCCUCGUAUGCCAGGGGCAUCUGGAACGUGAUCAACUGGGCUGAAGCGGAGGAUCGGUACAUAGCGGGUGACAAGGGUGGACACCCAUUCUUGAAGCUAUAG